UCAUCACGUAAUUUCAACACUAGCGUGGACAAAGAUGAUGAGACAUUUGAUAUCAAGCUGGGUGAACUUCGGCUUGCGGAGGCGCGCUGGGCGCGUUCAGAGUUCCACGAGGCGCCGUUCGCUCUGCGCUGUGGCGGUGUCCAGUGGCAACUCUGCCCGUCGGUGGUGCUGAAAGCACCGGCGACUCCCUCGGGCAUGCUGAUCUCCGUGCUGGGCUGCACGCCCUCGUAUCUGGACAUGACACUGCUCUGGGACCACGGCACGCCGCAGCACAUUGCCCAUUUCGAUAUCUACGUGUACGGCCUGGAAAUCCAUCGCCUGUGCAUAGAACCUGAGCAGCAGAAACAGCAACAACAGCAGAAUAAGCCGAAGAGCGGCGGUACGGAGUCUAAACCAGCCGUGUCUCUACCGGAUGUCCAUGAAGACGCUCCACUCAGCACUUCGUCAUCCGCAUCGGUGUCAGCAUCUGUCGACGGUAGCUCUGCAUCGGCUGCAGCCCUGGGUACUUUGGGUUCGUUCAUGCCCGCACCACCAUCCGUACACCGGCGCCCGGUCAGCAAACCGGAGUACCUCGGCCGUGCGUACGGUCUGUCCUAUCACAUUUCGAGAAUGCCACUGGUGUGCAGGAGCAGCGGGCCAUCGCCGGAGCUGUUCAAGAAGACAACAUCGCUCUCGUCAGUGACGACGUCAUCGCAGGCGGCAGGAUCGACACCCAGCCCUCUGCUGAGUCGCCGCCCGUCUCACUCCACUCCCACCACGCCGGCCAUUGAACAACCAGCCGGCAGUGGCUCUUCACCGCCGCAGCAUAUCUGGUUAGCCGUGCAGGCCGUGUCCCGCGCUGGCUUCCGCUUGCCACUGGACAGGAGCCCAUGUGUGUGCUUCUCCUGGUCGUAAGAUGUACAUAUAUGACCAUCGAGAGACGAGUACUGCAGAAUGCCGGCGAUGGGUAAGCACCGGUCGAAUGUUUGGUUCUUUUUCGAAACUGGUGUUGUAGUUGAAUGCUUGACUACCAUGGCAUGCGGUGUGUGUUUAUACACCUACUGUCGUGGACAUGGAAAUCCGAUCGGAUGACCGCGGCCAGGGCCCUUUUUCUUUUUUUUCUUUUUUAGCGCGUUCAUUCACUGUCUACAAUCGUCAUGCGCUGUAGUUCACGUUCACACUGUAAAAAUGGACCAGCAGUGCUCGCCGCUGCAAGGCCUACGCCCCGUGGCUGCUCGACUUCUCAACUGAGUUCAAUGUCCGCUACAGUACAUGCCUGCGCGUCUCUGCUCAGGUUUAUAUAUAGAACAUGGCUUCGGCCGCCGCCGCUGCGAUGCUGCUUCAUUUGGUAAGCGCCCCCUGACUGUGCUUACUACAGUGUGGCUCGACGUUGAUCUGGGCUACGCAUUGCUGCACGUUGACCGCACUCGGCAUUUCGUGGAGCAUUUCUUUCAUCGACUAUUAUGAAAAAUCGCUCUGGACGCUAUCCUAAUGAUGCCAGAAGUCGGGAAGGUACCACCUUCUUCCGUAUCUUGGCAUUGUGUCACUUCUCUUUGGCUCUUUGCCAUCUCAGUCUGUUCCCGAAAGGACAGUGAGAGUAGACUUGUGAACCACCUGGAUAUCCCCUAUUGCUGCUGGUCAUGCUAUCUGCAUUGUACAUUGUGCAUCUACUGCAUAGCCCUGUAUUUCUUCUCUGGCCACUAGCCUCGCUGCCAUCUGGUCUUGCUCACUAGCGCCUGUUCUGUGCAUGCAUGUAGGUGGCCUUUCGAAUUGAAUAGCAACUGGAGGCAGAGCCCUUCUAGCUGCUACUCUACAAAUUCUGAUUGAUUUUAUGUUCCGGCUUUGAUUAGUGCCCGUCUAGGUUAGUGCUGGCCGGAUGUUUCGCUGUUUUUCUUUGUCAACUGCUGAGCGGUAUGACGACUCUCUUUUUUCAAAGCAAUCAUGUCAAUCAUGUAUAUUUUUCAGAAUUUUUUUCUUCAUCUCA